UUGCAGACUGCAAAGCCCCCCGAGAAAUCUCGCACGGCUCCGUCACCUUCUCCACCCCCCAAAACCUGACCACCUACCAGUCGGAGAUCCGGUAUUUCUGCCAAGAGCCGUUCUACCAAAUGGUUCCCAACGUCACAGGGAUCUUCGCCUGCGAUGCCAAAGGCGCGUGGAGAAGCAGCGAGCUGGGGACCCGUCUACCGUCCUGCCAGCCAGUGUGUGGACAACCCAGCCGCGCUCUGCCCACCCUGGUCAAGCGAAUAAUCGGCGGGAGAAACGCAGAACCUGGUUUCUUCCCCUGGCAAGCUCUGAUCGUGGUUGAGGACACGUCUCGGGUGCCCAACGACCGGUGGUUCGGCAGCGGAGCCCUCCUGUCCGAAUCGUGGGUCUUGACCGCCGCUCACGUCCUCCGUUCCCAACGACGGGACAACACGGUGAUCGCCGUCUCCAAAGAACACGUCAACGUCUACCUGGGCCUUCACGACGUCCGGAACAAAAUCGACGCGGUCAACCGGACGGUGGAGAAGAUCAUUCUCCACGAGUCUUUCGAUAUCCAGAAUUAUAACCAUGACAUCGCGUUGGUCAAGUUGAAGGAGAAGGUGACCAUGGGACCUUACAUUAUGCCGGUUUGUCUACCUCAAGAUCCGCACGAGUUAGGAGGACCUCAACCCAACACGUUGGGUUUAGUGGCCGGCUGGGGCAUCUCCAACCCCAACAUCACGGUGGAUGAGGUCAUCAGUUCUGGGAUGCAGACCUUGUCAGAUGUUCUUCAGUAUGUGAAGCUACCUGUGGUCCUCCAUGCGGAGUGCAAGACAAGUUAUGAGUCCAGAUCUGGGAACUACAGCGUGACGGAGAAUAUGUUCUGCGCCGGUUAUUACGAAGGAGGGAAGGACACCUGCCUUGGGGACAGCGGAGGUGCGUUUGUCAUCCGAGACUUGGACGACCGAAGGUGGGUGGCCCAAGGAUUGGUCUCCUGGGGUGGACCAGAAGAAUGUGGCAGCAAGCAAGUCUACGGGGUUUACACCAAGGUGUCCAACUAUGUGGACUGGCUGCAGGAGAAAACAGGGUGGACAUUCCUGGAUUCCAAUCUGGAGAAGAGAUUCUGUGGAAAACCCAAAUUUUCCAGAAGCUCGCUGGCCCGGAUCAUCCAAGGACGAUAUGCCCAGAGAGGAAUUUCCCCAUGGAUUGCCAUGCUCCAAAGGAACGGACGCCCCUUCUGCGGAGGGUCCCUCAUAGGCAACCGGUGGGUUGUGACAGCCGCUCACUGUCUCCAUGAGGAACUGGAUCCCGAAAAUCCAGUUUUCCGAAAUACGGAUGUGAUCAGCCUGUCUUCCUUCACCGUUAUCUUGGGGAAGCACCAAACUCAGAGGCGAGACGACACGGAGCAAACCCUCCACCCUCAGUCCAUCCACAUCCACCCUUCCUACAAGGCGGCCACCUUUGAGUACGACAUCGCCGUGGUCAAACUCUCCGGAGAAGCAACGCUGAACAAUUACGUCAUGCCUAUUUGCUUCCCAGAUGGAUCGCACCCAAAAGGUGCCAUGGUCAUCGUCAGCGGAUGGGGGAAACAGUUGCUGCAACGCCUCCCAGACGCCUUGAUGGAGAUUGAAAUCCCUCUGAUCGACCACGAAGUGUGCAAGGAAGCCUACUCCAAGCUGCAGAAAAUCAUCACGACGGAUAUGAUUUGUGCCGGAGAGGAAGAAGGGGGAAAAGACUCUUGCAGUGGGGACUCGGGGGGUCCCAUGGUGGCUUGGAGCAACCGGACUGGCCAAUGGCAACUCCUGGGAUCCGUGUCGUGGGGCGACGGAUGCGGCUUGCAAAACCGCUAUGGGGUCUAUUCAAACGUCCUCUUGUCCGUCCCUUGGAUAAGGAAAGUGGCCCAGAUGCAAGGCUGAAGCCUCACCUUUGAAGAGCUUUCUUUCCUUCCUUCCUUCCUUCCUUCCUUCCUUCCUUCCUUCCUUCCUUCCUUCCUUCCUUUUCUUCCUUUCCUUCCUUCCUCCCUUCCCUCCCUCUCCCUCUCUGCUUUUCUUCCUUCCUUCUUCCUCAUUCCCAUCUCUUUCCUACCUCCCUCCCUCCCUCCCUUCUUUCUCCCUCACCUUCCUUUCUCCCUCCUGUUUUCCUUCCUUCCCUUCCUUUUCUUCCUCCCUCCCUUCCUCUCAUUCCCAUAUCCUUCCUUCCUUCCUUUUCUUUCUUCCUUUCUUCCUUCCCUCCUUCUUUCCCUCUCCCCCUCCCUCUCUCUCUGCUUUCCUCCCUUCCUCUCCCUUCCUUCCUUCCCUCCCUUUCCCUCUUUCUCUGCUUUUCUUCCUUCCUUCUUUCCUACUUCUUCUCAUUCCCAUCUCUUUCCUAUCUCUCUCUCUCCCUCCCUCCCUUCCUUCUCCCUCUUACCUUCCUUUCUCCCACUCCCAUUCCCUCCUUUGUUUUCCUUCUUUCCUUUCCUUCCUUCUUUUCUUCCUCCCUUCCUUCCUUCCCUUUUUUUCUUCCUUCCUUCCCUCCCUCUCCCUCUCUGUUUUUCUUCCUUCCUUCCUCCUUCUUCUCAUUCCCAUCUCUUUCCUACCUCCCUCCCUCUCUCCCUUCCUUCUCCCUCUCAUCUUCCUUUCUCCCAUUCCCUCCUUUGUUUUCUUUCUUUCCUUCCCUUCCUUCUUUUCUUCCUCUCUUCCUUCCUUUCCUUUCUUUUUCUUUCUUUCUUCCUUCCUUCCCUCCCUCUCUCCCUCUCCCCCUCCCUCUCUCUGCUUUCCUCCCUUCCUCUCCCUUCCUUCCUUCCCUCCCUCUCCCUCUCUGUUUUUCUUCCUUCCUUCCUCCUUCUUCUCAUUCCCAUCUCUUUCCUAUCUCCCUCUCUCCCUCCCUCCCUUCUUUCUCCCUCCCACCUUCCUUUCUCCCAUUCCCUCCUUUGUUUUCCUUCCUUCCUUCCCUUCCUUCUUUUCUUCCUCCCUCCCUUCCUCUCAUUCCCAUAUCCUUUCUUUCUUCCUUUCCCCUUCCUUCCUUCAUCUCUUCUUCCUCUCUUCCUUUCUUCCUCUCUUGGGGAUGUCAAGAAGAUCUGAUCCAAGCCAGGAUCCGGCUGUCCCAAACUCAGAACCAAGGACACAAAGCUAAACCGAUUUAAGGGUAGAAAUGUGAAUUUUUAAAUAAAAACCACAGGACGUCUUCA